AUCAGUCGGCAGCAAAACUGCAAAGGAUGCUGUGAGAUGGAAUGGAUUUUUUACUGGAUAUUCUCUCUGGCUACAAUAUUAGACGCCCGUCAAUUGGUAUAUCUAUCACCUGGAGACAAAGGAAAAGCUGUACCGGGAAUCUACGGCGGUAAUAUCGAUCGAAGCACAGCGUCUAAUUUGAGGAGAUUCGGAUUUAAUUGUACGGACAAGGGCGUCACAACUCGGUUCUUCACUGUAGACGAUGUUACCGGAGAGAUGUUGAUAUGGGCCAAAAGCGAAACAGGUUACUCAAGAUCCGUAACUCUCUUCAAACUUCCCGACUGCACAAAUUGUAACUCCACAAAAACUAUAUUAUUUAAAGAAGUUUCUCUUGUCGGAUGUGAAUUAACUAGCAUAGGGAUUUACGAUUCAGAGAUAUAUAUUGUUUGUCAAAAAAUAUCAAACGGAUAUCUUAGCAAACAUCAAACCCUUGAAGUUCGUCACCUAACUGGAUGUGAAAAGAGAUAUCCUAUUAUUCAAGAGUUUGUUAGGGUUUCUAACUGUUCUAAAUUGAUAUCAGCUUUUACCUCUGCUAAACUCUUACGAGGCCCAACAUUAACACCUUCCGAAUUGCUAAAAGUCCUUAAAGACCCUUACGGACAUUUAAACUACAUAGUCCUGGUUCGUAACGUUACACUCUGUCCGUGCGGGAGAAGAGCUGUUCUUAACUCUUUUACAGCCGAUCUUUGGCUAAUUAAUGAACGGGGUUGGGCAAAACUUUUGCAUUCCGAGAAUUUAAGGGAGCAUUUCCUUAACGUAGAACUACGAGAGGCAGGUGGUUUGGAUUAUAGGGACGGUAAAUUAUGUUGGAGUGCGAUAGAAUCCAUAUUAUGUGCUGAAUGGCGGCCCGGAGAAGCAGUUUUAAAAAAUAUACGAACUGUAUUGCCGAAGAGAUUUGCGUCUACUGCUUGUUCACGUUAUUCAAAUUGGCCAGGAUCCGAUGAAAUCGUUACUGGAAUUGCAAUAAAAGAAGUCUUUUCCGGUCACAUGAUUGUAAUGUUUGGAUGUCUUUCUCAAAUUCCAUACAAUGGAGGAGCCGGUGUUGUAAAUUUUACGAAGGGAAGAGAAUCUGAAAUUACUGAGCUGAGAGAUGAGCAUGGACUCGUCAGAGCUAGCUCAAUGUACUUAACCAAUGAUUGUAAAAAGAGACCUAUACAAACAGGAAUUGUUUAUGGAAUUUCAAAUUCGGAUCGUGUCUUAUAUAAUUGUUGGUUGUUAUUGUUGGUAGCUUGUUGCGUAAUCACUUGACUGACGAAAGUUGAGAUUGUUGUACAUAUAUACAUUUAUAUAUGGAAGAUAUAUAGAAGUUCAAAUUCUUUUUGUCCAUUUUUCUUUAUCAUUUUUUAACAGUGUGCACUAUCGAACUAUUUGUUCAUGGGUACGAUGUAUAGAGAAUUAGCGCGUGUUGUACUAGUUAGGCGCAUGCGCGUAGCAUCCAAAAUGGCGAAAGAUACUAGUAAAAAUAUUUCGUGCAAUAUGCUCUUAUUUUUUAUCCCUUAUUAAUUUAUUUAAUAUAAACAGAAAAGACAACUUUUAUAUCAAAAUAUUACUCUUAUAUUUUUUUAACUCUGUUUUAUACAAAAUAGGAAAAGGAAGAGCAGUCGGUUAGACGACUGCUUUCCUCCCGAAAGGCAUUAAUGUACAUAAAAUGUCGUCAAUUAAAGGAAACACGAACGUUACUCGAUUGACGGGAUAGACUUUAUAGACGUCGCUGCAGUCAAUCUUUUUUCGCUAGCAGAAACAACGGCUAAUAAGUAGAAUUAGGAAUAUUCAAACUAUGUGAUUUCUCAAAAUUGACAAAGAAACAAAGACAGAACAUAAAUGAUUAGUAAGGGAGGGGGUCCAAAGAGAAAGAAAGAAAGAAAGAGAGAGAGAGAGAGAGAGAG